AUGGAAUUUGCUUUUUUUCUUUUUGUAAAUCCCACUUCUGGUGGUAAUCGGGCAGGCGUGUAUCUUUAAUUAGAUGCAGAAACAAUUAAAUUUAAUCUUAAUCAAAAACCUAUCAGUGUUUAUUUCACAAGUCUUCAUCAAAGAGACUAAGUCGAGAUGAAUCUAAGAAGAAUUAAAGAAUUCCAAUAACGAAGUGUUUAAGUUAGAGUAAUUGUUUGUGGUGGUGACGGCACUGUGAUGUGGGUUGUUGAUGAAAUGCAGAAACAUAAUGUUGACUUUGUAAAUUGUCCUAUUGGCAUAAUACCCUUUGGAACAGGAAAUGAUUUUUCAAGGGUUUUAGGUUGGGGCGGAGAUACAGAUGGAGAUUUGGGGGCUUGCUUAAGAAACUUCAAACAGCAAAUAUCAUAGUGGCUCACUGCAAAAAUACAUGAUUUCGAUCUAUGGGAAGUCAAUAUUACAGUGGAUGCUUAAACUGGAUCAUUUAAGAGAAUUAAAAAAUAAGGAGAUCUAUUUCAAAAAGAAGUUCUUUAAAAAGACAAAGAGGUCUUGAAACAACUAGAUAAGAGGAUGUCAAAUUAUUUUUCCAUUGGAGUAGAUGCUCGUAUAGGAUUUGGUUUUGAUAAAAAAAGAACUUAAUCUGCUUGUUGUAAUAAGUGUGUCUACUUUUGUGAGGGUAUUAAAAAAAUGUGUCUCAAGAAUCCUACUACCAAUUAAGUCAUCUCAGGAAUGCAAAUUUUAAAAGAGUAAAAUGUAACAAUUGAAUAAAUGACUAAUGUUUCUACUGAUGUGUUAUUUAAGACGAAGGGAGUUAAUACAAGAGAAGAUCAAUAGCCUCUUAACGAAUCCAAGUUUAUAUUAAGUGGAGAUCCUGUUACAUUGUUAUGCUUAAAUAUACAAUCUUAUUCUGGUGGAGCUGGAGCCAUUUGGGAUAAUUGCAGAGGAAAGGUAGCUGUGAAAGAAGGUACUUAGAAAAUCUAAGAUAAAUUCGUCCCUUAGGAUUUUGGAGAUGGGAAAAUUGAGUUUGUGGGCUUUAAUUCCAUGAUAGGAAUGGCGAAUGAAAGGUUCAUUCAUGGAAAUGCAGUUAGAAUUGCAUAGGGAGAAGGACCUUUUUUGAUCUCGUUUAAAAAGAAUGUCUCUCCUUAUUUCUAAGUGGAUGGAGAAUUUUUUUAAGCUGUCAAUCCCACUUUGGCAUUGUUAAAAAGGUCCUCUAUACGAAUUAAAGUUCUUGUGAAAGCAUAAAAUUGA